AUGCGGGAUUCACUUUCGGACGGUCGACGAGCUGUUCGACGCGGCCACACUGGACGGCACGUUUCGGCACAUGCGGCGCUCGGACGCCGCGUGGUACACGCGCAACCUGUGGGGCCUGUUGGCUUUACGAACGUCAACUACAACCAGGACGGCGACACGCUGAACACGUUUGUCAUGGCUGUGACCCUGGCCGGUGUGCAGGACGGUUUCUGGGCGGUGGAGGGCUGUGACCAGGAGGUGUGUAGAGGACUGCUUGACAAUGCCGACGUUGCACUGCGUCACCAGGCGGUCACCACAGUCCAGCGGCUUGACCAGGCGUCGCCGUUCGCCGAGUUCCAGGUGAGCGCUGGUUCUGGCGAGGCGGACGUGUUUGAUGCCGUUGUCAUCGUAACGCCAUUGCAGCACUCCGGAAUCGAGCUGAACGGCUUUCCGCACAGUGCGAGCACAAUGCACCGCGGCGAGUACCAACGCACGGUGGUUACGUUUGUCGUUGGUCAGCCAAAACCGGCGGAGAAUGAGUCCGUGUGGAAGAUCUUCUCACCAGAGCCGUUGGACAAUGUCACUCUGGACAAGCUGUUUCGUGCACGACAGCAUGUCACCGUGCGAGAGUUUGCCGCCUUUCCCAAGUACAGGAGCACACCGGCCGAGCUGCCGUCGUUCGUCCUUGAUCAGGCCGUCUUCUACACGAGCCUAAUCGAGUGA